AUGGCGCCGGAAGCCCGCUGCCGGAGCGACCGGCUCUCCGGCCGGGCCGGGUGGGGGCGGAGCCCAGUGUGCAGCUGCGAGGACGGCAGCGGCGGGAGGCGGAGCCUCCGUCCGGAAGCCGGCGAUUCGCAGCCAUGGCCUCCCCGGCCCGCGGCUUCUCCGUCCUUGGUGGCCGUCUGAGCCGCCUGCCGGCUCAGGGCGGGAGCGCCGUGCUGUCGGGGGUGCCGGUAGCAGCCAGGCGCGUGUUCCGGGGCUUUCGGAGCAGCGGCGUGAGACAUGAUGCCAUUGUUAUCUCAGGAACUGAAAUGGCCAAACAAAUCCAGAAAGAAAUACAGAGAGGUGUGGAAUCAUGGAUUUCCCUCGGAAACAGAAGACCUUACCUCAGUAUCAUUUUAGUGGGCGAUGACCCAGCCAGUCAUACGUAUGUCCGGAAGAAGAUCAGAGCCGCCUCUGCUGUAGGGAUCUGUAGUGAGAUCAUUCUAAAACCUAAGGAUGUUUCUCAGGAAGAACUUUUGGACAUAACUGAUCAAUUGAAUAUGGACCCAAGAGUCAGUGGUAUAUUAGUUCAGUUACCACUGCCAGACCAUGUGGAUGAGCGAGCUGUAUGUAAUGGAAUUGCCCCUGAAAAAGAUGUAGAUGGAUUUCAUAUUAUCAAUAUUGGAAGACUGUGCCUUGAUCAGCAUUCUCUCAUACCUGCCACUGCCAGUGCUGUUUGGGAAAUAAUCAAGAGAACAGGAAUUGAAACAUUUGGGAAAAAUGUGGUUGUAGCUGGAAGAUCCAAGAAUGUAGGGAUGCCCAUUGCCAUGCUUUUACACACUGAUGGAGAGCACGAACGGCCGGGAGGUGAUGCAACGGUGACAAUAGCUCACAGAUACACUCCCAAAGAACAACUGAAGAUCCAUACUCAGCUGGCAGAUGUUAUCAUAGUCGCUGCCGGUAUUCCAAAGUUGAUUACCUCUGAUAUGGUUAAAGAAGGCGCUGCUGUAAUUGAUGUGGGUAUCAACUACGUCCAUGACCCAGUGACGGGAAAGACAAAACUGGUUGGAGAUGUGGACUUCGAAGCUGUUAAGAAGAAGGCUAGCUUUAUCACUCCGGUUCCUGGAGGUGUGGGACCCAUGACCGUGGCAAUGCUUCUGAAGAACACCCUUCUGGCAGCUAAAAAACUCAUUUACUAGAUCGCGUGAAAGAAUAAGGCAAAAUGAAGUCAUGCUAUUUAUUUAUUUGACAAAGGGCAAACACCUUUAUAUUUUACUACAAAGCUAUUUAUUUCUACAUUGUAUUUAUUUUUUCAUGGAUGGAAUCAUUGUGGAUCAGAUGACUCAUACAACUUGAUGCAUUUCCUGCUGAUGGAUUUUGAGUUUUAGGGGAAAAAAAGAAACAACAAACAAUUCCAGUGAAAACUUUGCUAACCGUGGUUUAUUUUGUGAAUGUUUGUUCAUAAUAUUCAACAACAAAGGGCUCAUAAUAAAUGAAUAUAUUUUUGACACAAAUAUCACACACAGUAUGUUUUCAAUAAAUGUCUUGUCAGCCAAAUGCGUGACCUUGUAAAAAAAUAAUUUAGAUUUUGACAUAAGUGGGCUCAAUUUUUAUAUAUUUUGUGUUUAUCAUAUGCUGAAAAAGAGCUUACUUGCUAAAAGAAAGUAAAAUCUUGAUCUCAUGUAUCUAGCAAAUGGAUCCUACAAGCCAUCUUAAAGAGAAAUGAUACUCUAUUCAAGGAAAGAAAAGUAAACAAAAAUGGCAAAAAAAUGCAGUGCUGCUUAGAAAGGUAAUGAUCAUUUCAAAUUGUGAAUGACUACUUGCCAUAGUAAAAAUGUAAUAAGAAUAUGUUAGGUUUACAUGUAAUUUCUUUCUUUUUCUAGGAAAAUAUUUGGAUAAUACCUUCCUUGAGGAAUAAUGGAAAAUCCAAAACCAAACAUACAAAAUAAAACUGUGAUUGUGUUUUAUCACAAAUAUUAGAAAAAUACAGUAUGAGCGAGGACUUCAUUAAAGAAUGAAUGUCGGGUUUAUUCACAGAUUGGGAAAUUAAUAGGAAAAUAAGACACUUACAAUGUGCCGAAGCUAAACCUUAGGCUAGAACUAAAAAUCUACUGCUUUGUGGCCCACAGGUCUUCCCUCUUCUGUUAUGGCAAUUGGUUCUCAGAGUAGAUGUCCUAUUUCUAACACAAUUUAAAUUAGGAAAUACACAGGAAUGUCAGUUGAAGGCUAUUUCGGCACCACCCUAAGCACGCACUUGUAUUGUUUUCACGCCCAAUCCCCAUGUGUGUUUAUGUACCAACAAUGAUCCUUGCCCAGUGCAUGUCUUUAUCAGUGUGUGUAACUGAUCAAUUGUGUGCAAGUGACUAGAUACUUAUGAUUAAUCAUAUUUCAACUGUAUAA